UACAUACUUGAAAUGACAUCAAAGUUUUAUUUCCCUGUUUUUCAUAUUUCCGUUACAUAUAAUCUUUAUUAUCUGUAAUAAUUCCACACACACUAAAACACACACACACACACACACACAUUGUAGCAAGUAGUGUACGGACAAUGCUGUAUGAAAAGAAAAUAAUGGAAGAAAGCUAUGUGAAUAAUAAUAAUAAUAAGGAAAAUGGUGGGGAUAGUAGUGAAGAAGAACUGACCGUACUGCCACCUCAUACUAAGGUUGUUGUUACCGGAAACAACCGUACAAAAUCUGUUCUUGUUGGUCUUCAUGGUGUUGUUAAGAAAGCUGUUGGUCUUGGUGGCUGGCAUUGGCUGGUGCUCACAAAUGGAAUAGAGGUGAAGCUGCAAAGGAAUGCACUUAGUGUGAUUGAAGCUCCUACUGGUAAUGAAGAUGAUGAUGAUCUUGAAUUUGAAAAUGGGCCUUGGAAUGGCUCUGAUCUGGCAUCUGAUGAUACCCAAAAAUCGCAUCGAUCAAGGCAUCGUUCACAUAGAUCAACCGGGGCGUCACAUAAGUCUGUUAGCCGGUCUCUAUCUUGUGACUCCCAAACCAAGACCUCCUUUGCCACUUCUCGUGGGUCCGUGAAGGUUGAUCUAAGCAAACUUGAGAUGGCAGCCUUGCGAAGAUAUUGGCGACACUUUAAUCUUGCAGGUGCAAUUCCCAACCUGUCCAAGGAGGAACUUGUCGACAUUGUUCAAAGGCAUUUCAUGUCACAGAAGACACUGGACGAGUUGCAGGUGAUCGUGGGGUUUGCACAGGCUGCAAAGAAGCUCAAGGCGGUAUGCAAAUAAUUGAUGGAUAUCUCGACAAAGAAGAAGAGAUAAAGAUGAAUUUACUAGUUAACUUUGACUUGACUAACUGAUAUAGCUGUCUAAAUUAAUGCUGCCUCCUUCCCCUCCCUUCUUGUAAAAAUGCUGUCCAAUGAUUCUGUCUUUCUUUGAUGGGUUCGGUAGCUUAUUUGUAGAUUUAUGUAAAUUCGGUCUCAAAACAAAGACAUGCAUAAACCUUGCCAUUUUUUACUUGGCUUUAGAAUGCACGACAUUGACAUUAA